AUGGCUUCCAACACCGACUCUCACCCAGAACCAGCCCCGCCAUCCACCGAACCAGACACAGGACGGGGAGCAAAGGAACAAGCACAAGAGCCGGCACAGACACAGACACAGACACGGGCACAGGCAGGGCCGGAACUGGUGACGGAGGCCGAGUCCCAGAGGAUCGACGCCCUCCUGGCGCGCUACCUCGCCCUGCUGGACGAGUACGCCGCCCUGAGGACGCGCCUCGGCGACCUGCAGGCGGCCGUCUUCCGCGACCUGGCGCGCGCCAACUUCGCCGCCGAGCGCGGCGUGCGCUACUACGGCCGCGACUACUACGACGAGCGCAUGCAGGCCGUGCGGCGGGUGCGGGUGCGGAUGCCGGUGCCGGUGCCGGUGCCGGUGCCGGCGCAGACCCAAGCGCGGGCGCGGGCGCGGGGCAGCAGCGGCGGCGGUGCGGGAGGAGGGGAAGAAGGGAGUUCUGGAGAUGUUGAUCUUGAGGAGGACAACAGAGCCGUGACGAACGGGCGUGCGGACGGGGCCGAGAAGGCGGAGGCGGCUGCGACGGCGGGGCUCGGAGGGGAAGAAGAGGGGGCGAGGGCGGUGAACGGUGCGAGCGGUGGAGAGGGCGAGGGUGGGAGGGAAGAAGAAGGAGGGGAAAAGGGCGGUGGAUGGACCGGGCCGGUGUUUAGUGUCGAGGUGUACCCACCGCCAGGGGGUGAGCCAGAGGAUUCGGAGAGCGCGGUUAAACGACCGGGGCAAGAAGAAGAAUCCGGACCAGAUGGGAAGGGCGCAUCUGGCUUGGUGGGAAAGGAAGCAGGCAAAGGCGAAGCUGACGGUGACGGGGACGGUGACGGUGAUGGAGAGGGAGACAAAUAUGAGAAGCGUUGGGGGGGAGGUGGCUCUACCAUUACCGCAACUACUACCGCCACUACUACCGCCACUACUGCCACUACUGCCACUACUACGCCGGAGGAGGGCGACGAGGGGACGAAGAAAAAGCCCAAACCGAAACCUGCCGACCCCCUCCGCUGGUUUGGCAUCCUCACCCCUCUGCCCCUCCGGCAAGCCCAGAGCCACUCUAUCAAGGCAGUGGAGGAGAUCAUCCCCCGGCUGGCGACGCUCAGUGCUGAGAUGGCGGGAGUGGAGUUGGAAGUGAGACGGGCGAGGAAGAGGCGGGCCAAGGCGGAGAAGGCGGAGGAGAAGAGGCUCGCGGAGCUGGGUGAUAUGAUGGCAAAGGUCAAUGUCGGCGCGUCAAUGACUUGA